AUGGCGGUCCAGUCUAAGGAAGACCCUUUGAUGCUCAUCUACAACCACUAUCGCACUCUCCUGCGGUCACGACCUCGAAGAACCCCGAAAUCCUUCAGAUUCGCAGCCACUGCAGCCCUCAUCAUCUCCAUCCUCUCUUCCAGCUAUGGUGGCUACAAAUGGUGGCAGCGGAGAUCGCAAGACAAAGCUCAAGGCCGCAAACUCCUGAGGAAGAAUAGCGGUCUAAGAGGAAAGGGUGGCGAGCGUAUCAUCUAUGUUCCCAAGGGGAAUACCACCUCCAAAGUCAUAAUACAUCCCACCCGUCCUACUACCUUUGAUGCUCAUCGAAGACUGUUUUUGACUCCUCCACGAGUCACACGCAUCGGGAGUGGUGCUUCCACUCCAGCAUAUGGCCCUCCGCCUCAGACAAAACCAGGCCUCAACCUGGCAUUUCUCCAUCAGUUCCUCAGUUUGUUGAACAUUAUGAUUCCCCGAUUUCGAAGCAAGGAGACUGCUCUGCUACUCAGUCAUGGCGUCUUUCUGAUAUUGCGGACAUAUCUGUCUUUGGUCGUGGCCAGAUUGGAUGGUGCCAUUGUUCGUGAUUUAGUCGCCGGUCAAGGCAAGCCUUUCCUUAUGGGCAUUUUAAGAUGGCUCUCAGUGGGUACCCUAGCAUCUUAUACGAACUCCAUGAUCAAAUUCCUUCAGUCCAAGAUCUCCAUCGCCUUCCGCACCAGACUGACGCGGUAUAUUCACGACCUUUAUCUCAAUCCCAACCUCAAUUACUACAAACUCACCAAUCUUGAUGGCGGCGUAGGACAGGGAGCCGACCAGUUCAUAACUCAAGACCUCACCCUCUUCUGUACCGCUGCCGCAUCAUUAUACUCUUCCUUGGGCAAACCUCUGGUCGACAUCUUUGUAUUCAAUUAUCAAUUAUAUAGAUCUCUCGGACCCUUGGCGUUGACAGGCCUUCUAUCCAAUUAUUUCGCCACCGCAACCCUACUUCGACGGCUCUCCCCGCCAUUCGGGAAAUUAAAGGCCGUGGAAGGAAAAAAGGAAGGUGACUUCAGAGGUCUCCAUUCUCGACUCAUUGCCAAUGCUGAAGAAGUCGCUUUCUAUGGUGGUGCGGAUGUCGAAAAGGUAUAUCUGAAUAGAUCAUUCAGAGAGCUCAGAAGCUGGAUGGAAGGCAUUUACAAUGUCAAGGUCCGGUACAAUAUGCUUGAGGACUUCAUCCUGAAAUACUCCUGGUCGGCUUUUGGAUACGUCAUCACCUCUAUCCCAGUCUACCUUCCAGCAUGGGCAGGACUCGAUACAUUACUCGAGAUUCCCGGUUCGACAGCUGCUGAAAUCUCCGAAUCAACCCGCGAACGGUCUCAUAUGAAAGACUUCAUCACCAACAAACGCCUAAUGCUCUCCUUGGCGGAUGCUGGUGGUCGAAUGAUGUACAGCAUUAAAGAUCUUUCUGAAUUGGCAGGUUACACGUCGCGUGUCUAUCAGUUAAUUUCCACAUUACAUAGAGUCCAUGCUAACGCCUAUGGUUCACCCAAUCACCGACGCAGCCCGGGCCGCUUUGAAUUGUAUUCUCUGGCAGACGUUCAAGGCACUGUACAUGCAGGCUUUGAUGGCCUCAGGUUAGAGGAUGUUCCGGUUGUCGCUCCCUCGCUCUGGCCAUAUGGUGGUGAUGAAUUGAUCGAAUCUCUUUCCUUCGUCGUCCAUAGUGGCGAACACCUCCUCAUCUCCGGCAGCAACGGCGUAGGCAAGUCAGCCGUCGCCCGUAUCGUCGCAGGCUUAUGGCCAGUUUAUCGUGGACUUGUUUCGCGACCGAGAUCCAAUGGUCAAGACGGAAUAAUGUUCCUCCCACAACGCCCAUACCUCAGCAUCGGCACCCUCCGAGACCAGGUCAUUUAUCCACACACUGAACUCGACAUGCGUGACGCCCAAAGAACAGACCACGAAUUAGAACGAAUACUAGAAGAUGCUAAACUCGGACACCUAGUAGCACGCGAAGGCGGUUGGGAUACACGGAAGGAGUGGAAAGAUGUUCUUUCCGGCGGUGAGAAACAGCGCAUGGGUCUUGCAAGGCUAUUCUACCACGAGCCGAAAUACGCAUUUCUCGAUGAAGGCACUUCCGCCGUGUCCAGCGACGUCGAAGGCCUGCUGUACGAGCGAUGCAAGGAGAAAGGAAUAACCGUCGUGACCAUCUCGACACGAGCGAGUCUGAGAAAAUACCACACUUUCAACUUGAUACUUGGGCUCGGAGACGAAGGCUAUGAUUGGGAAAUGGUGCGGAUCGGGACCGAGAAGGAAAAACUCGGGCUCGAAAAGGAAAUCGCCGAGUUGAAGGAGAAGCUCGCGAUGGUGCAGCAGUGGGAGACGAGGAGGAAAGAGAUCGACGAGGAAUUGGGCAAGGUGCUCGUUGUGGGGAAGAAGGAGGAGUUGAAAUCUCCAGACUAUAUUGCUAGCAGUGGUGAAAACAAUGACGCCGAGCAGAAUGCACGGGGUUCAGGCGAAAGUUCUUCUUGA